AUGUAUUAUAUCCUCUAUCUCGCAAGUCUCUGCCGACGGCGUAACUGGCCGGAGCCGGUCUACGAAUCGUUCGCCGGCACAGGCGGAUACGGCUGCGUCGUCCGUGUCAACAACCGCGAGUACCAAACAGAUUCCGUGAGCGAAUCCGAGACCCUUGCCCGCGAGAAUGCGGCCAUGCGGGCGUACCUGAUUUGUCGGAACUUCUCCGUCAACGACGGCAUGUAUCCCGCGGGCCAUGACCACGGCGGGAUCAUACAGGGAAUCCCCGUCGCCAUUGGCACGGGGAGGAAGGGCCGAUACCUCGACGAUACGGACACUUCCACGAGCGGGGAGAGCAGGAGCGGUGGAAGCAGCCCGGAAAGCCAUGAGGGGAGCCGACUCGGUCGGGAUGGCCGAGCUAUAGCGUCCCCGAGAGCUGUGGGCUGCAGUGGUGAAGCGUUUGCCAACAGAUUUGCUCGAUGA